GCGCAAUCAGUGGAAAAGCAUCACUAUGGCAUUCCGUGUGGCUGGACUCUUUCUGAAAAGGGAGCUGGCAGCUCCUGCGGCACAGCAGCUGCGCCUGAUGCGCACUUCCAGGGUAGCCAACGCUCAGUUCCUGGUCAACUCGCCCAAUACAGUUCUAGAUAAGAGCAUCCUGUUGCGGUACCGUAAUCUUGAGACUCCUGCUAAUCGUGUUCAGGCCACAUACCUCUGGAUCGAUGGUACUGGAGAGCACAUCCGUCUUAAGGAUCGUGUCCUGGACAAAGUGCCCACCUCAGUAGAUGAUCUGCCCGAUUGGCAGUACGACGGCAGCUCCACGUAUCAAGCGCAUGGCGAGAAUUCGGACACAACUCUGAAGCCCAGAGCCGUCUACCGCGACCCCUUCAAGCCAGGAAAGAAUGAUAUUAUUGUCAUGUGCGACACAUACAAUGCCGAUGGCAAGCCAACUCCCUCCAAUAAGCGCGCCGCAUUCCAGGAUGCCGUUAACAAAAUUACAGAACAGGAGCCAUGGUUUGGCAUAGAGCAGGAAUACACAUUGCUCGAUGUCGAUGGUCGUCCCUUUGGUUGGCCCGACAACGGUUUUCCAGCUCCACAAGGACCCUACUACUGUGGUGUGGGUGCCGAUAGAGUAUAUGCCCGCGAUCUCGUCGAAGCGCACGCUAUUGCCUGCCUAUACGCUGGUAUUGACUUUGCAGGCACCAAUGCAGAGGUGAUGCCCGCACAGUGGGAAUACCAGGUAGGUCCCAGCAAUGGGUUGAAGGCCAGUGAUGAUCUCUGGGUGUCGCGCUACAUUCUGCAGCGUAUAGCUGAGGAGUACGGUGUAGUCGUUACAUUCGAUCCCAAGCCCAUGGAGGGCCAGUGGAACGGAGCGGGUGCCCACACUAAUUUCUCGACAAAAGCGAUGCGUGCCGAUGGAGGCAUGAAAGCCAUUGAGGAGGCCAUCGAAAAGCUAAGCAAGCAUCAUGAGCGCCACAUCAAGGCCUACGACCCCAAAGAGGGCAAGGACAACGAACGUCGGCUGGUCGGACGACUGGAGACCUCAAGCAUCGACAAAUUCUCAUGGGGCGUGGCUAAUCGUGCCGUCAGUGUUCGAGUUCCAAGAGGCGUGGCUACAGCCGGAAAAGGUUACCUUGAGGAUCGUCGUCCCAGCUCCAACUGUGACCCGUAUGCCGUAUGCGGCGCGAUAGUGCGUACGUGUCUACUGAAUGAAUAGAGCAGCAGACAAAAUUCGUCUGCUCUGCUAUUUGUGGGCGUUCAAGAUUCAAUGAUGUAUAUACGAACAUAGUUGAAGCAGCAGCAGGUGGACGUUCCAUCUGUACAGUUUGCCUAUAUUUUGACUUUGAUUAAGAUGAAGAACUAUUUUUUGCUUGCGUGUGUAAAAAGACAACAGGUUGAAGAACAGAAAUAGGAGGUUAGCAUUUAAGUAAACGAAGUAAGUGAUGAUGGAAAU